AUGGGCCACCCAUCCAGCCAUCCUCUACUCCGUACUAUAAUCUUUCAGAUUAAAACGCUGCGGUUUAUGUCAUGUGUCAGUGGAGAUCCAGAUUAAAACGCUGCGCUUAGUGUCUUGCAUUCCCGCGUAAAAAUCUCCCUCCUUAGUUAUCGGAAGCAGAGCAGGCGAAAACCUAGGACAUUGCUAAACGCCAUGGACGUAAGCGAUCUGCAGGAAGACCUAAUGGUUGAAGAAGACUCCAUGGACGAUCUCAUCAGAGACCGAUUCAGACUCUCCGCUAUCUCUAUCGCCGAAGCCGAGGCAAAGAAAAGUGGAAUGGAGAUAGCAGGACCUGUUGUAGCAUGCGUGGCUGAUCUAGCCUUCAAAUAUGCAGAGAAUGUUGCAAAGGACCUUGAACUCUUUGCUCAUCAUGCUGGACGCAAAGUUGUGAAUAUGGACGAUGUUGUUCUCUCAGCGCACAGAAACGAUAAUUUAGCUGCGUCUUUGAGGUCAUUGUGCAAUGAACUAAAGGCAAAGGAGCCACAAUCUGAGAGGAAACGCAAGAAAGUAGUGUCUACCAAGAAAGAUGACAAAGCCAGUAGUAGCAAUGCUGCUGGUCGCACAACCGAUCUCUAAAUCUCCAGUGCAUACGUUCUUAGAUACUAAGCUUGGUGGUGGAGAAGCUCUUAAAUGUCCUGGAAGUUUUUUCUGCAAUUUUAUACUACAAGACUUUUUCAUUAACUCUCUUACUAUAUAAUAUAUUGUAUUAGGCUACGUAUAUUUAGAGAGUCUAUGCAUAUAUCUGUUGUGAAUAUGUUUUCUAUUUUCUACAUUUUACAUCGUUAAAACUUCUCAAUUAUAACCCA